AUGGGUAUCAAAGGUCUGCUCUCGGAGCACGCGCCGCGUGCCAUGAAGGACCACGAGAUGAAGACUCCGUGUUACGUCUUCGAUGGCAAACCGCCAGACCUGAAGAGCGGUGUUCUGAAACAACGUUUCGGGCGUCGCGAGGAGGCAAAGGAGGCUGAGGAGGAGGCUCGCGAAACGGGAACGGCUGAGGACAUUGACCGCAUGUCUCGUCGCCAGGUCCGAGUCACCAAGGAGCACAACGAGGAGUGCAAGCGCCUGCUCGGGCUGAUGGGUAUCCCUUGUGUCACGGCUCCCGGAGAAGCAGAGGCUCAGUGUGCUGAGCUCGCUCGCGCAGGCAAGGUCUUCGCUGCGGGCUCGGAGGACAUGGACACCCUCACUUUCCACACUCCGAUCCUUCUUCGUCAUCUCACCUUCUCCGAGGCGAAGAAAAUGCCCAUCUCCGAGAUCAAGCUUGAGGAGGCUUUGAAGGGCCUCGACAUGACCAUGGACCAGCUCUGUAUCCUCCUCGGCUGCGACUACCUCGAGCCUGUCAAGGGCGUUGGUCCCAAGACGGCGUUGAAGCUGAUGCGCGAGCACGGCUCUCUUGAGAAGGUCGUCGAGUUCAUCAAGGGCAAGAUGGCCGAAAAGGCCGCCGAGCUCGCAGAGCAGGAGAUCGAGUCCGAGAUUGAGUCGGAGGAAGGCGAGCAGUUCGUCGUCAACAGCGACGGCGAGGAGGUGCCCGCCCCUAAGGUCGAGAAGAAGAAGAAGCCCAAAAAGCGCGCCGCGGGUGGUAUGCAGAUCCCUGAGUACUGGCCGUGGGAGGAGGCGAAGAAGCUCUUCAUCACGCCCGAUGUUGUCAAGGGAGAGGACCUGGAGCAGCCUGACGUCGAGGGUCUCGUCGAGUUCCUCGUUCGCGAGAAGGGCUUCAAGGAGGAUCGCGUGCGUGCCGGUGCCGCGAAGCUGUCCAAGAUGCUCGCGGCCAAGCAGCAGGGCCGCCUCGACGGCUUCUUCACCGUCAAGCCGAAGACGGACGCGCCGAAGCGCAAGGCCGAGGACGACAAGAAGGGCAAGGGCGGCAAGGCGGCCAAGAAGAAGAAGUAA